ACAGAGAAAGUGGUUGGAAAAAAAUGUGUUCUUGUAAUUAAUCCUAGAUUUUUUUUUUAUUUUUUUUGUUGUGAUUAAUUUAGGAAAUUUUAGGUUUUGAUAUCUUAAAACAAUGUUAUUGAUAGAGAUUCUUGCGGAUUAUCAUCUUUCUGUUUUUUUUUUUGGCAAUUACUGUGUUGGAGUUUUGGACUUUGGAGGCUUAGAACAAUCACCUGUUUGUUGUUGGUAAUUGCUUCUGUUUAUUGAAAUUUGCUGCUAUACCAUGUUAUAUCUGGGUUCUUUUCAUUGACCACAUCUCUCACUUGAUUUUUUCGAUAAUGAAGCCAAUUUGGACUCAAUGUACCUGCUUUCAUUGCAGAACCUGGUUUGUGCCAAGAAUUUGGUGAUAGACAAGAGCAUCCAAACAACAUACAUUGAAGCAAUCAGAUCUGCUCAACAUUUCAUUUAUAUAGAAAACAAGUAUUUCCUUGGAUCAUCAUAUGCAUGGCCAAAUUACAAAAAUGCUGGUGCUGAUCAUUUGAUACCUAUGGAGUUGGCACUGAAGAUUGUUAGCAAAAUCCGAGCCAAAGAGAGAUUUGCUGUCUACGUUGUCAUCCCUAUUUGGCCUAAGGGUGUACCCACCUCUGCUUCCGUGCAAGAAAUUCUUUUUUGGCAGGGUGAAACCAUGCAAAUGAUGUACAGCAAAAUAGCACAGGAGAUUAAAGCAAUGAACCUCGAGGAUGCAUACUCAAUAUAUAUGAAAUGAGUGCCAAAGAGGAUUGUGAAGUUUUAUGCUUCAUUAGAACAGGUUUUUGGAGUAUUAGAAGUAAAUUUCUGUAACUUGAUAUAUAUGUUAGUGCUUAUAUAUAAAUUUUAGUGAAAAAAAGCAAAAAAAAAAAUUUUAUUUUUUUUUAUUUUU